ACCAGAAUCUGUAGAAGCUAGCCCUGUGGUAGUUGAAAAAUCGAACAGUUAUCCGCACCAGUUGUAUACCAGCAGCUCGCAUUCACACAGUUACAUUGGUUUGCCCUAUGCAGACCAUAACUAUGGUGCUCGGCCUCCUCCAACGCCUCCAGCUUCUCCUCCUCCAUCAGUGCUUAUAAGCAAGAAUGAAGUAGGCAUAUUUACCACUCCCAACUUUGAUGAAACCUCCAGUGCUACAACCAUCAGUACGUCAGAGGAUGGAAGCUAUGGAACUGAUAUUACCAGAUGCAUUUGUGGCUUUACACAUGAUGAUGGAUAUAUGAUCUGUUGUGACAAAUGCAGUGUCUGGCAGCACAUUGACUGCAUGGGGAUUGACAGGCAGCAUAUUCCUGACAUAUAUCUGUGUGAACGUUGUCAACCAAGGAGUUUAGAUAAAGAAAGGGCAGUGCUGUUGCAACGAAGGAAAAGGGAAAAUAUGUCAGAUGGAGAUACCAGCGCAACAGAGAGUGGUGAUGAGGUUCCUGUGGAACUGUAUACUGCUUUUCAACAUACACCAACUACGAUUACUUUAACUGCUACAAGAGUUACAAAGGUCAACGAUAAGAAAAGGAAAAAGAGCGGAGAGAAAGAACAGAACAUAGCAAAAUGUAAAAAAGCAUUUCGAGAAGGAUCCAGGAAAUCUUCACGAGUAAAGGGCUCAGCUCCAGAGAUUGAUCCUACUGACAGUUCAAACUUUGGAUGGGAAACUAAAAUCAAGGCAUGGAUGGAUCGUUAUGAAGAAGCAAAUAAUAACCAGUACAGUGAGGGUGUCCAGAGGGAGGCACAAAAAAUAGCUCUGAGAUUAGGCAAUGGAAAUGACAAAAAAGAAGUCAACACCAGCAAUCUGAUUUUCAAACCUCCAGUAGAGAGUUAUGUGCAGAAAAACAAGAAAAUUUUGAAAGCUGCCAAAGACUUGCCUCCCGAUGCACUUAUUAUUGAAUACAGAGGAAAGUUCAUGCUGAGAGAACAAUUUGAAGCUAAUGGAUAUUUCUUUAAAAGGCCAUACCCAUUUGUUUUGUUUUAUUCCAAAUUUCAUGGACUAGAAAUGUGUGUUGAUGCAAGGACUUUUGGAAAUGAAGCUCGAUUCAUCAGGCGUUCAUGUACGCCAAAUGCGGAGGUAAGGCAUGUAAUUGAAGAUGGAACUAUUCAUCUUUAUAUUUACUCCAUCCAUAACAUUCCAAAGGGAGCAGAGAUUACUAUAGCAUUUGAUUUUGAUUAUGGAAAUUGUAAAUACAAAGUGGAUUGUGCUUGCCUCAAAGAAAAUCCUGAGUGUCCAGUUCUCAGACGUUCUGAACCUACAGAAAACAUCAAUACUGGAUAUGAAACCAGAAGGAAAAAGGGAAAGAAAGAGAAAGAUGUUUCAAGAGAAAAGGAAACUCAGAAUCAGAACAUCACAUUGGACUGUGAAGGAGCAGCCACCAAAAUGAAAAUUGCAGAGAAUAAACAGAGGAAACUCUCUCCCCUCAGGCUGUCCAUUUCGAAUAAUCAGGAGCCAGAUUUUAUUGAUGAUAUAGAAGAAAAAACUCCUAUUAGCAACGAAGUAGAAAUGGAAUCAGAGGAGCAGAUUGCAGAAAGGAAAAGGAAGAUGACAAGAGAAGAACGGAAAAUGGAAGCUAUCCUGCAAGCCUUUGCCAGACUAGAAAAAAGAGAAAAAAGAAGAGAACAGGCUUUGGAAAGAAUCAGCACAGCAAAAACUGAGGUUAAAUCGGAAUGCAAGGAAGCACAGAUUCUCAAUGAUGCUGAAUUUAUUCAGGAACCAGCAAAAGAAGAAACUGCCACCAAGCCUACCCCAGCCAAAGUUAACAGAGCUAAACAGAGGAAAAGCUUCUCACGGAGUAGAACUCACAUAGGACAACAGCGUAGACGACACCGAACUGUCAGCAUGUGUUCAGAUAUCCAGCCGUCGUCUCCUGAUGUGGAAGUAACUUCGCAACAUAAUGAAACUGAGAAUGCUGCACUGGUAGCUGAGCCUGAAACAGAAACUGUUGUUACAGAAAUGGUUACUGAAACGGAAGCUCCAGCACUUAAUAAAUGCCCUACUAAGUAUCCUAAGACAAAGAAG